AUGAAUUCUGAAACAUUUGUAUUGGGAGAUGAAGCUUUAAAUAAUAGUAAAAAAUCUUUGAAUGCAUUAAGGUCAAAUGAUCAAGAAUCGAUAAUAUAUUUAAUAAUCAAUGUUAAGAAGAAAUUAAUAAGGUCAAAAGAUUAUAUACAACGAAUUAUACCAAUCUCAAAUAAAAUAAAUGCCUUGACGAAUAAAUCAGUAUUAUUAAUAACUAAAGAUGAUCAAAGUUAUAAAUCUGAAUUAUUGAAAGACGAAUUGACUCAAGAUAUAUUUAAUGAUAUAAUACCAAUAAGAAGAUUAAAGAAGAAGAAUAAAAAAGAAUUAGUUAAAUUAUUUAAAGAAAGUGAUUAUAUAAUUGCAGAUCAUCGAGUUAAUAAAUUCUUACCAAAUAUUCUAGGGUCUAUAUUCUAUCAUAAAAAUAAGAAAUUACCAUAUAUUCUACAAAUGGCAAGACCUACAACUGAUAAAUCAAAAUUAAGAAUAAGUAAAGAAAAUAAACUUAAAGAUGAUAGAUGUGAGGUAAAAUAUGUAUAUAAACAAAUUAAAAGCAUUGUGGAGAAUACUAGUUAUUUACCUACUGAUGGUGAUUGUCUUUGUAUUAAAAUUGGAAUGACUAAUGUGUCUACUAAUAAAAUAAUUGAAAAUAUAAAUGAUGUGAUUAAUUAUUUACUCGAUGAGAAGAAUUUACCAAAUGGAGGUGUUUUGACCUUGAACCAAUUGGGCAAUAUAUAUGUUAAAACUAGUGAGAGUAUAAGUUUACCAAUAUCAAUCAAAGAAGAAACUACUGAAAUUAAUGAAGAAGAUGAAGCAAAUAGUGAUUAUGACUUUUAA